AUGCCACGCUCUGGAUGUCCCCGCCCUCCCCCACUGCAUCUGCGCAAUGGCCACAACGCGCCAGCGACCAAGCCCUUGUGCGCGACUCCUCGACGCCGAUCUGAUGUCCCCGCCCUCCCCCACUGCAUCUACGUGCAAUGGCCACAAUGCGCCAGCAGCGACCAAGCCCUCGUGCGCGACCUCGCCGCAUGCUACCCCGGCGUGGUCGUGUCAUCCCCUGCUUCACUCGUUGAUGGCGUGCCCAUGCAGGCGACGCAGGCUAUGCACGCUACCACCACCAGUUCAUCCCGCCCUCCACACCUGCACAAUCCGCCGCCUUUCGCGCAUGUCUCCUGCCCUCCUGCCCUUCCUCCCUCCACCAACACCUCUCACCAACACCUCUCCCCUGCCAUCCUCACCUCUCUCCCCUCUCUCCGCACCGACCUCACCAACGCACCCGUCCCCGUGAUGCUCGAGCCGCCGUAUGUGCGGACGGACGACGAGAAGGACGAGUGCAGACGGACGAGGAGAGAGAGCUGUCACCUAGCACCUAGAGAGGCUGUGAUACCGCUGGAGCACCAGCUCACCAUCUUCGAAAUGACUAGCAGGUUCGCGCAUCUGACUGCCAGCAGCAACAACGUCGUCCACCGUCGCAAGACGCUCGGUUUCAUACCAGUGCUGCCGCAUUCCAUCUACUGCAGGGAACCUCUCGCUACUCGCUGUGUCCCAGCCUCCUCGGUGAGCCUACCGACCCAUACGACGUGGCACAGCACUUCGUCGAGGACCUCAUCCCCGAUACUGCUGCGGCCAGCCUCCUUUGUCAUUUGCAAGGACUCAUCCGUCAAGGCCAGGCUCGCGUUCGUGCAGGUCCCUCAAGGCGAAUCCACUGCAUACACUUGGGACAUGGUCAUCUGCAUUGCAGAAGAGAAGGGAUGGAAGAGGAGGUAUUGGGUGGGUGGAAUCCCAUCUCGUCUGGAUGUGCCGAAAUGGGCCACGAGCGUUGCCCUACUGCUGGGGCACCGAGCUGCAGUCGAGAUCGCCACCACCCUCAUGUGA